AUCAACCUGUCGACUUGUUUAUAUCCAAUCUAAUCAGCAGGCUCCAUCACUUUCUCACCUUCAGGAUUCCUUCAGCAAUGGAACUGCAGCUCACACUGAUUCUCACCUGCCUGCUUUUCUCCUCAGCGCUGGGACUUCAGUGUUAUCAAUGUAUACCUGAUUCAUCAGGAUCCUGUGAAAGCACCGUGACACAAUGUCCAGAUCGCUGUGGCAGCAUAACCACCACCAACACCGCCACCACCAACCAAGAUGGGAUGCUUACGAGCGUCAGUGUAAAGUCCUGCUUGGACGCUUCUCAGUGCAUCAACGGGAGUGUACGCUUGCUGAAUCAGCUGACAGUUAACGUCAACACCAAGUGCUGCUCCACUGACCUCUGCAACACGGAAACACUGCCAGCUCAAACCAAUCAGAUCUCUAACGGACGGAGGUGUUACACGUGUGCUGGAGAGAACUGCACCGUGGAUUGUCAGGGAGGUCACUGCAACAAGACAAUAGGAACCGUGGACUGUGUAGGAGAUGAAGAUCGCUGCAUCAGUAUAACAGUUAGUGAAUUUGGAGUUACAACCUCUGUGGAAGGAUGUGCAUCCAAAAGUGUGUGUGACUUGAUUGCAGUCCAGGAAAUGAUGGGCUUCGGUUCCUCUGUGACGUGUUGUAAGGGGAAUCUGUGUAACACUGCUGAGAUCUUCACACUGAGUUUCUUCCUCCUGCUCGUCCCUCUGCUCUCCUCCGUCCUCUUCAUCUGA